AUGAAUAUGAAUUUACGGGGUGUAUAUAUAUAUGCCGAGUUUCUGGUGGAGUCUGUGCUUUGUUAUACGAUACCUACAUUAUUAUGUAUUGGCUAUUUACAACGUGCCGAUAAAUCUGUUCCAAGUUUGGUCAGUUUUAUUGUUGAUAAGAGAGCUCAACAUUUUCGAAACAUAAGAAGAACAUCGUUUUCUUGUGAUAGAUAA